AUUUCCAUUUCAUCUCACCCUUCAUUAAUAUUGCCAAACAAUUGAAUAUAAAAUAUUUCAUCCCAUCUUAUCUCAUCUCACUCUCUACCAUGAAUUCAAACAUAGCCUUUUCUUUUUUGUCAACAAUUCAAACAUACCUAAAGAUAUAAAAAUCUCUAGCACAUCAAUCAGAAAAAAUAAAUAAACCCUUUUUUUGUUAUAUAUAAAAAGAUAUUUUGGUCCAACCAAAGAGGGUUGUUGGGUUUUGAUUACCAGACACACAGGCCCAGUGGUUCUUCCAUAUUGGGGUCUACUCGUUCCCUUCCAUAUUUGCCGUGAAAGUGUGAAACCAAACCCUAUUUCGUUCCGUGUCAAGCUGAAGCAGAGAGAGCAGAAGAAGAGAGUGUGUCUCCGCGCGUGCGUUAAUGGCGACUAUACCUGUUAAUCCAAAGCCAUUCUUGAACAAUUUGACUGGGAAGCCAGUUAUUGUCAAACUCAAGUGGGGAAUGGAGUACAAGGGAUAUCUUGUUUCAGUUGACUCCUACAUGAACUUGCAGCUGGCCAACACUGAAGAGUACAUUGAGGGUCAGUUUACUGGAAAUUUAGGAGAGAUUUUAAUCAGAUGCAACAACGUCCUCUACCUUCGUGGAGUACCAGAGGAUGAAGAAAUUGAAGAUGCUCCAGAAGACUAGAAUGAUAAAAACUGCUAUUUUUUAUGACAUAAUUAAAAGUUAAAACUAUUUUUUCUGUCAUUGUAUCUUCACUUAAAUGCAGGUUUGCAUUUUGUAGUUAUGUGUAGAGAUAUGGAUCCAUGAUGCACUCGAAAACAGCGUGCCUAUCUUUAGACUGUUCACAUUUCUUGUGGUGAUUAUAGGGAAAUCUGACAUUGCUUAAUGCUCUUCAUAUAUUUCGGUUAGAACUAGAAAAGAGCAGGUUGGGGCUUGUUAUGUUUGCAACUCAAAAAAUUAUUAGUUUUGUGUGCCU